AUGAGGCUGAUCCUGCUGGUCCUGCUGACGGCGGCCGCCGUCUGCGCCGACCAGCCGAACAGUGAAGUGUCUGGCCGAGCCGCCCACCCUGCUGUCAUCGGGUCCGGCCAGCACCACCCGUCAAGACACGGCUUCCCGCCGUUCCCUCCGUACCGGCCGUUCCCGUUCCCAUACCCGUACCCACCGUUCCGACCGUAUCCGUUCCCACCGUUCCGACCGCACCCGUUCCCGCCGUACCCGUUCCCGCCGUACCCGUACCCGCCGUACCCGUUCCCACCGUUGCGACCGUACCCGUACCCGUUCCCGCCGUAUUACCUCCGGACGCAGUCAGCCGGCGGGACCCUUGGCUCGGCCGCUCUGAAGGGGGCUGCGCCUGGCACCCUCUGA